UCUUCCCUUACCGCCAUGUCCUGUACUCCCGGAUCCCCCAUCCCCAGUUCCUCCUGGCAUCCUCGGCUCCCUGCUCCCCUCAUUCCCGAUCCUCCCGGGCCCCCCGUGCCCGUUUCUCCCGGUUUCCCGGACUACCCCGUGCCCCAGUGCGCGCUCUCCCCGGACGAGUGCUCCGUGCCCGGCCGGUGCCAGGUGCUGCCCGGCUCCCCGCUCCUCCUCCUCUCCGCCCCGAGCCGUCCCUCCUCCCCCGGGAAAGCGAAAGUGCGGCGGGCGGAAGCCGAGCGCUCCCCGCCGGGCCGGGCCGGGCCGGGCCCGCACCGGGACCGCACCGGGACCGCGCCGGGACCGCACGGGGCCACCAUGGCUUCCAUCGGCAGCUUCUUGCGACGGAGCCUGCGGCGCGCCGGCCGCAGAGAAGGAAAAGAUGGGGCCUCUGCUGCAGAAAACACCCCCCCACGGGUACCGCAGGGGAAUCAGGGGGAGCGGAGCUCAGUCUUCUACUCUGCUGGACAGUUCUUCUUUGAGUACCUGGUGGUGGUGUCACUGAAGAAGAUGUCAGAUGGACAUUAUGAACCCAAAAUAACCUACCAGUUCCCAAAGCGUGAGAACUUGCUGAAGGGCCAGAAGGAGGAGGAGGAACGUCUCCUCGAAGCCAUCCCCCUCUUCUGCUUCCCUGACGGCAACAACUGGGCACCUAUCACUGAGUUCACCAGCGAAACCUUUUCUUUUGUCCUGACAAAUGUGGAUGGCAGCAGGAAGAUUGGCUACUGCAGGCGGCUGCUGCCAUCCGGGCGUGGUGUCCGACUCCCUGAGGUUUUCUGCAUCAUCAGCUGCCUGGGCUGCUUUGGGCUCUUCUCCAAGAUCCUGGACGAAGUGGAGAAGAGGCGCCAGAUCUCCAUGGCAGUGAUCUACCCCUUCAUGCAGGGCCUGCGGGAAUCGCCCUUCCCAGCUCCAGGGAAAACUGUCACCAUCAAAAGCUUCAUCCCUGAGUCGGGCACAGAGCUCAUUGAGCUCACACGGCCUGUGGAUGCCCACCUGGAGCACGUGGAGUUCCAGGCUCUGCUCCAACGACUCAGCCCUCACCUCAUCCUGCUCAUCUUCGCCUCCGCCAUGUUGGAGCGACGGCUCAUUUUCCUGGCUGAGGAACUGAGUGUCCUGUCUCAGUGUAUCCACGCUGUGGCUGCUCUCCUGUACCCCUUCACCUGGGCUCACACCUACAUCCCCGUGGUCCCUGAGUGCCUGCUGGACACCGUGUGCUGUCCCACACCCUUCAUGGUCGGCAUCCAGAGGCGGCACCUGGAGCGGGUCCUGGAGCAGCCAAUGGAGGAGGCUCUGAUAGUUGAUCUCUGUGAAGGGAAGAUCAUCCGGGCGGUGGGGGAUGAGGAGGAGAUCCUGCCUGGAAAGCUGCAGAACGAGAUGCUGCUAUCUCUGAACAGGCACAACAGCAACAACAACGAACACACCUCGGAGCAGCUGAACGCUCUGGUGUCAGAGGCCUUCGUGCACUUCUUUGUGCGGCUGGUCGGGCACUACGGCUCCCACAUCAAGUGGGGCAGGAGCGGCUCUGGCAGCUUCCAGGAACGAGCCUUCUGCAAGGCCAUCGCCUCCAAGAGCUGCCGCAGGUUCCUGAAAAAGUUUGUGAAGACAAACAUGUUCUCCCUAUUUAUUGAGGAAGCGGAGAAGAGCAGGAUCCCACAGGAAGCAUAUUUCCAGCAGAAAAUAAUAGAGUACCAUGAACAGAAGAAGCACCGAAGGGACUCCUGAAGUCCAGUGUGGGAGCAGGGGAACAGGACUGAGAUUGACACAUCCCUGCCAGCAGCACCAUACUGGACUCUGUUCCUGCCCACCUGGGACUCCUGAGCUGCCUGGGCAGCACUGAGCACCCUUUCUUUCUCAGGGCAUCAUUGCACUGGAAACCUCUUUGCACAGAACUAGCACCAGGCUGGGAUUUCUUUCCUGAUGGUGGUCACUCCAGGGACAGACUGUGACUCCCAGUGCUUGGCCCUGCACGGUUCUUGUCCCCCCAACACCUCACACAGAGGGAGGGCAGCCAGGGCUGGCUGCAGGACAACAGGGGUUUAGAGUAACUAUUGGAAGGGAGAAAAAAAAAGGGAUGAGUAGGAAAUAAUGUUACUUCUCAUUAAAACAAACCAGGGAUUUGCAAAUAAGGAACAUCCCAUUGCACAGUUCCUGAGGUUUUGUUAUUAACAACUGGGUUUAUAUUGUUUUAUUGAGCCAUUGUUGAACACCAGCAGGAGUGGAGGCAGGGGGGCGGUGUUAGUGGUUUCCUCUCUUGCAGCUGCUGCAUCAUUGGUGCCACAUAGAGCCAAGUUUGGCUUUCUAAGGAAACAAAAAUACUCAUUUCCAGCAGGUUAUUUAUUUGUGCUGGAGAAAACUGUGAGGGCCACAUGGCUGUGGGGUGUCAAGGGGAAACAGCUGAUCAACAGCUUCAAUGAGGUGACGGAGGAAGGAUUUGUUCCAUCCCAGAGUAAAACGUGUCACCAUCCUCCUUGGGUCUGGUCUUGGUGCCACCUUCUCUUAAAACCUUGCAAUUCCUCUCUGAAAUGUGAGGCCAGCAGCAGAUCAAAGCUAAAUGACAGUUCUCCUUUUGGAAUACACUCACCCAGGAAAUAAAUAUUGCAGCAGGGAAGCUGGGCUGGUGCUGCAGAACUGACUGGUCCCAUCAACAGAAACCCAAUGUAGUACUUCUCCCAGCACAGGCUGGGAAUGAAGGCAAAGCUUCAUUCUUCUCUCUGAGAUGUUACAGCCAGGCUGUCACAUCACCUGGUACCCACCAGGCAUCAAAAUAUCAAAAAUGUCCUGGAAUCAUGGAAUCUCAGACUGUUUUGGGAUGGAAGGGAUGUUCAUGAUCACCCAAUUCCACCCCCUGCCAUGGGCAGGGACACCUUCCACUACCCAGGUUGCUCCAAGCCCCAUCUAGCCUGGCCUUGGACACUUCCAGGGAUCCAAGGGCAGCCACAGCUGCUCCAGGCAACCUGUGCCAGGGCGUCACCACCCUCACAGGGAAGGUGACAUCCCAUCUAAAAAUCUCCUAUUUUAGUUUAAAUCCAUUCCUUCCUUGUCAUAUCACUGUUUCCUUGUGUAAAAAUUCACUCUUCUUUUUUUACAGGUAUUUGUUAAGUUCUGGUUUUAAUACCCUCCCUUUAAUGCCCAGACAGACUGUGUGCUGGGGACACCCUAGGAAGGCUCAGCUAGAGCUUCUGGGAGCAGGGACACUGGGGCUGGGUCACAUUGCAGCACAUCAGCAUAACCCGCAGUGUAUUUUUAAAUCCUUCUUCCUGCUCGAGAUUUGCCCAACACUUGAUCCAAGCCUACAACAGUAAAUAAAACAACGCCAAGAAAUGUU